AUGACAGAUCCUUUAGCAGCAUGGAGAAACUUGCAAAAACAAUUUGAGUUUGUAUCUGUUACCCAAGUUGUGCGUUUGAAUCGUAAAUUCUAUGCAGCCACCAUGGAAGAAGGUGGAGAUCUUAUGAAACACCUGACCUAUAUGACAUCAUUGGCAGAACAACUGCGUGAAAUGGAAGAAGAUAUAUCAUCAAAGAAAUUUGCUACUGUGGUGCUAGGCAGUUUACCAGAAUCGUAUGAUAAUCUCCUCACAAGUUUGAAUGCGAGGAAAGCUGAAGAGUUGGAAUGGGACAAUAUAAAGGGAUUGUUAAUAGAAGAGUAUUUGAAGAGAAAGGAAAAAUUUGAGAAUAACAAGAGUGACAAUGCAUUGCUUACAAACAGGAAGUCAUACAUGAGCAGAGGAAGAAAUUAUGAUAGAAGAAGACAUGGUGAACAUUCUAGAAAUUGGACUCCUGUAGACUACAAGCCAUCAUGGAACACCAAUAACGGUGGGGAUACAUUGACACCAGUAGCACAACAACAAUGUGAUGACGGAAGAGCAAGAAAUAUUUUAUGCUUUAAGUGUAACAAAGCUGGACACAUUGCCAGGAACUGUCCACUCAACAAUAGAAAAGGUGGAAACAAAGGGGAACAUUCGAAGCUUGCGGAAGGUGGUGGAGUAGCACUGAUUUCAAGCACAGGAAAUUCAAAUGAAUGGUAUGUGGAUUCAGCUGCGACAAAGCAUAUGACAAAUCGCAAGGACCUUAUCAUCAACUACACUCAAUACCAAACACCGGUGAAUAUUUAUUUGGGUGACAAUACCUGUAUCAAAGCCCUGGGUGAAGGAAUGGUUAAGCUAUAUACUCAAAAUGACAAUACAUUCUAUUUGGAGUUACACAAAGUAUUGUAUGUGCCGAUGUUAGCAAAAAACCUAUUGUCUGUGCCUGCAAUGGCUUCAAUGGGAGCUAAAGUGUCAUUCAAUGACGAAAAAUGUGUUGUUUCCAAAGAAGAAAAAGAAUAUGUGAUUGGUAAAUUGGUAGAUUGUAUGCUGUAUACUGUUAAUCCAGUUGAAUUUGCCCAUCCUACAACUGAACCCUUGGAUAUGUGGCACCAGAGAUUUGGUCAUCUAAACAAUGGAUAUGUUAAUCAACUGAUGAAUGAUAUGAUCACCUGA